CGAAGGUUAACAAACGGCAUGUGUAUACUCAGAAAAAAGGGGGGAAAGUACCGAAAAGGUACUUGUCCAUAGGCCCGUUUUCAGAUACGGUCAUGUGUUUCAUUCUUUAUCAAAUUGGUUUACGUGUUUGAAUUCCGUAAUCACAAGAGGGUCACGCCAUUAAAAAAGUUUGAAAAAGACCGUUAAAAAUAAUUGCGGUUUAAAAAAUACCCUGAAAAUUAAAAGAAAAUACCAAAAAGUGCGCCUCGUCAAGAUGACAUCCAAACCACCUUGGCCUAUGGAUUUUUUGGAACUGUUUGAAUUAUUUUUUGAAAAUGAUUUCGUUAAUAUCACUUUUCCGGUGGACUUUCCGGUGACAAGGGUGGCUGAAAACAAAAAAAGAAAGAUGGUCUAGCGGUCGUCUUAUUGAGGCGCACCUUCCGGUAUUUUUCUUUUAAUUUUUCGAGCACUUUUGAAAAUCGGAGUUAUUUUUAACGGUUUUUUCAGACGUUUUUAACGGCGUCAACCUCUUGUGAUUACGGAAUUCAAACACAUAAAACACUUUGAUACCAAUAAAGAAAGACAAAAAUGAUACCUCCCGCAUCUCCUUAGACAAAAACGAGACCAAUAUUAGAAGUGGACAAAAAAGAGACCAAUUAUAUUAAUAAUGGACUCAAAUAUCCCUAAUCCUUCCCCAGCUCCCUCCUUGAUCCGUCGUUUCUUCUUUUCCCAGCGCACCAGCUCCCCAACACCAUCUAAGCAGCUCUCUCUUCGCCCUGUUCCCUCAUCUAUCUUCUUCGUCCAUCGCUCCAUCGCCCAUCACAUCUCUCUGCCUUCACAUCUGCUCCAUCAUUCAUCUGUUUCUUCUUUGCCAAUCGCACCAGCACCACCGCAGCAUUCCAUUCCUUUGCACCAGCAACGAUGCCUGAUUUCUUCUUCUCUGUCGACUCCUCCUUUGUCAAACGUCGCCACCCCAUGUCGCCUCCCCACAGAGCUUCUACUUCUUUGUCCGCGUUUCUAGAUAUAUGGCCAGGAUCUGGCGAUUAGGUUUUCAAAAUUGGGUCGGCGGCAAUGCAGAAGGGAAACAGGUGCUGGGGAGUAGGUGAGGGGGAUAGGGUUGGGGUGCGGGGUUGGGGAGGGGCGUGAGCAGUUGCCCGUGUCACUCACCAGGGUGCCGGUGGUACAGACGGGUGUGGUGGUGGAACAUUGGAAUGCGAUUGUGGAGGGUGGAGGUGCGGGUUGGGGCUGGGGGCUUGUGGGAUGGGUGAGGGCAGGGGUUACGUGAGGCAGGAGGC